UUGCUAAUGAACGGCGGUAUCAUUGGCGCAGCAGCCAUUGCAUAUUUCUGUCUGAUCUAGCCUCUGCCACCGGCUACAGUGGCCAUUAAAUCGCCUUGUAUUCGCAACAAUGUAAAUAUGAAUUUCUUGGCGAGCACAGGUGCUCGAUACUAUGAGAGCAAAUUCCGUAUUCCCACAGUACUUUUGCCAGCAGCCUACACAGCGAUAGCGCGGAAGUUUAUAAAACUUUUCAACUAAAAAUAGUACUGAAUCAGUUGCGUCCAGAAAAUUUAGCCUCAUCAAAAAUUUUCAAAAAGUUAGUAUUCUUAGCGUGGAACUCUAUCAGUAUCAGUCAAGAACUUUUACUAAAAUUGUGCAAACAUCACUUGAAACAGCACAAUUAUAGUUAUCAAGUGUAGAUAAAAUAUCGACAGUCGGGCAGCUAAUAAAGAUUAUUUUAACGAGGUGAAAAUCUCCGGAAACCGUGAUAUUAGCUUUUGAAACAUUUAAGGUAUUAAAUCAGUACCUUGUGUGUUGUAUAUCCGUACUGUAGUGCCGGUGAGAGACUCCCGCUUGAAGAACAAGUGUGGUAAGGAGAGCAAACUGCACGUUUUUCCAGUUAUAAAAAUAUAGUUUUUAAUGCGAAUAGUAGACUUUUCCCGUUGCACUUAACCACAUCUAAUAAAAUGGCUACUUUCGGUGCCCUCGACUAUGGAAUUGUUGUACUUGUGCUGAUCGUAUCAGCCGGUAUCGGUGUAUAUUAUCGUGUGACGGGCGGGAAGCAGAAUACUACUAAGGAGUACCUGCUUGCUGGACGCCAGAUGUCAAUUCUGCCUGUAGCAUUUAGCCUUAUGACUAGCUUUAUGUCCGCCGUCACUCUGCUGGGUGUAUCGAUGGAAAACUAUCAGUACGGUACUAUGUUUGUGCUCAUCAAUAUCUCGUACGUCUUGUCCACACCGGCAGCUGCCUACCUCAUUCUGCCAGUUUUCUUUCGACUGAAAACUGCAUCCGUCUACGAAUAUUUGGAAUUGCGAUUUGGCUAUGCCACCCGACUGUGCGCCUCUCUUGCCUAUACUGUUCAAAUGACACUCUACAUGGGCAUUGUAUUGUAUGCACCAGCACUAGCGCUUGAAGCCGUAACAGGUCUGAAUCAAAACUUCUCAAUAAUUCUGGUGGGCGUAGUGUGUACCUUUUAUGCCACAUUGGGUGGAAUGAAGGCAGUGCUUAUCACAGAUAUUUUCCAGUCGCUGCUCAUGUUUGUAUCCGUGUUUAGUGUGAUAAUUUUCGCCACCAUCAAAGCGGGAAGCUGGGGUGAGAUCUGGCGUGUUGCAAAUGAAGGUGGUCGCAUCAAUUUUUCGGAUUUCCGUAUUGAUCCAACAGUUCGCCAUACCUUUUGGACACAAAUGAUUGGUGGCAUAAGCACAUACUUAUCCGUGUAUGGCGUCAAUCAGACGCAGGUCCAACGGUUGCUGUCAGUGCGCAAUCUAAAAGCAUCGCAAGCUUCUUUAUGGUGGAACUUACCAAUUUUGAUGCUACUGAGUUGUAGUACCUGUUUCUCUGGACUCUGUAUGUACUAUUAUUAUAAAGACUGUGAUCCUUUAUUGCAAGGUCGUAUUUCCUCACGGGAUCAACUGAUGCCACUUUUCGUCGUGGAUACAAUGUCAGACAUACCCGGAUUGUCGGGCCUAUUUGUUGCGGGUAUAUUUUGCGCAAGUUUGUCAACAAUUUCAUCUGCUAUCUCAUCUUUGGCUGCCGUGACUGUCGAGGAUUACAUAAAACCAUUGCUACUGUGGAAAACCAAACAAACUCUAAGUGAUUCCAGAAGCACAUGGUUUUCAAAAAUUUUCAAUCUGAUUUAUGGUGCGGGAUGUAUCGGUCUGGCAUUCCUAGCAGGUUCGCUAACUGGUGUUCUACAGGCUGCACUUUCCAUUUUUGGAAUUGUCGGCGGUCCAUUGUUGGGUCUAUUCACGCUCGGCAUGUACUGCACAUCUGUUAAUCAAAAGGGGGCAAUAACGGCUCUCCUCACCAGCUUGGCAUUUUGCUUUUGGAUUGGUUUUGGUCAACCCAGACCUGCGCCGGCAAGCUUGGAAUUCUCUACCGAAGGCUGUCCGGCGACGCCACCAACAUCGUACGUCAGCGACAUCUUCACACAACAACUGUCAACGGUGGAAGCAGCGGAGCCACAUUAUUUCUAUCUCUAUCGAAUCUCAUAUAUGUGGUAUGCGACAAUUGGCUUUCUCGUCACGUUCUUCAUGGGCUUGGUAUGCUCCUGGCUGUACGCCAAGCUGGGCUGGGAUUCGAAUGCACACAUCUACACCGACAGCGCGUGUACGACAAUCAAAUAUGACCUCUUUGUCCCCCCAAUAGCGAGACGGUUGCGCAAUCGACAAGUGCCCGUGGUGGUGGUGACAGGAACGAGCUCUGAAAUCGGAGGCGAGUCUUCAACACCCAGCAACUUAGAAGAUGAGACACCAACACCACAAAUUGACACACAUGUAACCGAUCUUAGCAUGCAGAACCUCGAGGAAAGUAAAAACAGUGGGAAAAUACCGAACAGCAGUGGAGAUAUAGUUUUGCAAAAUGGCAACAAGCAACAUGUAGCCGCCAUAUCUUGAAAUAAACUACUGCAAUUUAUUUGUUUUCAUUAGUAUUGAAGAUGUGUACGCAAUUUUAAACAAAGUUUUGAUUUCAAUUUGUUUCAAUAAAUCAAUCCUAUUGUUUUAGCCAA